UCCCCGGUCUCUCCAGAUCCCAUCCUCAUUUACUCUCCCUGAGCUCUCUCCCGUUCUCCCCCUGCUCUGCCUGCCUUGGCUUGCCUCGCUCCCACCCGGUUGCUCUCCCUGGCUCUCUUUCUCUUUCACUUCUGCCUGCCCUGCAACCUUUUAAAAUGUUGCCCCUUUCCUGUGAUUCGUCAGACGCAGCAGCGGCAUGACUCCCCCCCCCCCGUUCCCUUUUUGUCUCUCUCUCGCUCCCCCCCCCAUUAGAUACACCGAUUCUUCAUUCAAGGGACGUCAUUUAGAACAGCCUCUGCCUUGAGUUGCUUCCUCGCUUCACGCUCGAUUUCCAGCCAUUCUUCCCUUAUUAAGUAUUCGUGUAAUAUUAAUAGUCAUGAAUAUCUGCUAUUAGGAGUCUUAAGGAAAGCAAGCUGCAGAUUCCUCUCCCUCCCUCCCUCUCUCUCUCUCUCUCUCUCUCUCUCUCAUUUAGGAACUCACGUGCAGCAGUAAAAGGAGGGAGAGAGAGAGAGCGAGCGAGGUGGGGACCAACGCACACACACGCACACACGCACAGCACCCGCAAACGGAUUAAGGAACACACACGCGCGCGCACACCGGCUCAACUUUGAAUCGUGAACUCUCACGCCAGGAUCCGGCUCUCGCCUCCGCUGCUGCAGAACGCCGGGCAUUCGGUUGUGGACUGAUGGAUUAUAGGCGCGCUUGCCCAGUGCUCGCGGACCAGCCUGGGCGUUGGGGACUCGGGGUGGUCUAGAGCCGGGCUUCUUCCAUUGUGUGUGAGAGAGCGCUUGUGUGCAAGAGGGGAAACGAGAGAGAGGGACAGAGCGAGAGGACAGCUAGGAGGAGGGCGAGCGAGCCAGACCUAAAGAGCACACUUUUCUCUGCCUUUUUUCCUGCCCUGACUUGGUCCCCCCGAAUCCGCGCAGAUGUUAGUUCACAGUUUCUCAGCGAUGGACCGCCACGACGCUACCAGCAACGGGACAGCCCGGCUACCCCAGCUGGGGACUGUGGGCCAGUCCCCCUACACCAGCGCACCUCCGCUCUCCCAUACACCGAACGCUGACUUCCAGCCGCCCUAUUUUCCUCCUCCGUAUCAGCCCAUUUACCCGCAGUCUCAAGACCCGUAUUCCCACGUUAACGAUCCGUAUAGCUUGAACCCUCUUCACGCCCAGCCUCAGCCCCAGCACCCGGGCUGGCCGGGACAGAGGCAAAACCAGGACACGGGGCUUUUGCAUACGCACCGCGGACUUCCCCACCAGCUCUCCGGCUUGGAUCCCCGAAGGGAUUACCGGCGGCACGAAGAUCUCUUGCACGGACCCCACGGCCUGAGCUCAGGACUAGGAGACAUUCCCAUUCACUCGAUACCUCACUCGCUGGAAGACGUGCCGCACGUAGAGGACCCCGGUAUUAACAUCCCAGAUCAAACUGUAAUUAAGAAAGGCCCCGUGUCCCUCUCCAAGUCUAACGCCAACGCCGUCUCCUCCAUCCCCAUCAACAAGGACGCGCUCUUCGGCGGCGUGGUGAAUCCCAACGAGGUCUUCUGCUCGGUGCCCGGCCGCCUGUCUCUGCUCAGCUCCACCUCCAAAUACAAAGUCACCGUGGCAGAAGUUCAGAGGCGCCUGUCCCCGCCGGAGUGCCUCAACGCGUCUCUGCUGGGCGGAGUGCUUCGGAGGGCAAAAUCAAAAAAUGGAGGGAGAUCUUUGAGAGAAAAACUGGACAAAAUAGGAUUAAAUUUGCCAGCCGGGAGACGUAAAGCUGCUAAUGUUACCCUGCUGACAUCACUAGUGGAGGGAGAAGCCGUGCAUCUCGCGAGAGAUUUUGGUUACGUCUGUGAAACAGAAUUUCCUGCCAAAGCAGUAGCUGAAUUUCUCAACCGACAACAUUCCGAUCCAAACGAGCAAGUCACAAGAAAAAACAUGCUUCUAGCGACGAAACAGAUCUGUAAGGAGUUCACCGACCUGCUGGCUCAGGAUCGAUCUCCACUGGGGAACUCUCGGCCCACCCCCAUUCUGGAGCCGGGCAUCCAGAGCUGCCUGACCCACUUCAACCUCAUCUCUCACGGAUUUGGCAGCCCUGCUGUAUGCGCCGCAGUUACUGCCCUGCAGAACUAUCUCACUGAGGCGCUCAAGGCCAUGGACAAAAUGUACCUCAGCAACAAUCCUAAUAGUCACACAGAUAACAGCACCAAAAGUAGCGACAAAGAAGAGAAGCACAGAAAAUGAGGAUUUUCUUCUUGCAGCCCCUACCCGACCAGCCAGCCUGGCCCUCCCUCCCCUUCCUCCUCACCCUGAGGCUACAGCCAGAGAAGCUCUGAAAUCUGUCCCAGCCUAUUCACACAGGAGGAGGACCGGGAAAUUCACACCCCCCCACUCUGUCCUCAGUCCUCUUUCUUUUCCCCUCCCUCCCUCCACCACUUCCCAGUCCAUUUCCAGUGGCUACCCAGUCUGGAGCCUGAGAAAACAAAGGAGGCAAUCGAGCCAUCCUAGGAGGAAAAGGAAAAAAAAAAUCUUUUUGUCAUCUGUGUGAACUUUUAUUAUUUUUAAUGAAAAUAAAUAAACAGUGAUAAAAAAUAAAACAGAACUUUUUUUCUAAAAAAAGAGAAAGAACUAAAUUUAAAGGUUAUUAAUUAAAUGUGGAAAAAAUAAAAAACAAGCUUCAUCGGACUGGAUCACCACCUUCCCUUAUACAAACUUCCGUUUAAGAUUGUAGCCAUAUUUAAACAAAACAAAACAAAACAGGAAAGAAAGGAUGAUGAUGAUGAUGAUGACAUUUUAUCAGUAUUGUGAAUAAACUUGAACACAAACCACAUGCAGUUCCAUGUCAUGUCUUCAGUUUUAGAACCGCUCUCCUGCCAAGGUAAAGCGACUAAUUUGAACUUUCUUAUGGUGACACCGAUUCAUAGUGCUUCUAUAAGGGAAUCAGUGUUCAUGUAUGUAUAUAUUUAUUUAUGUGUAAUUUAAUGGGAACUGUAAAUAUGGUGAGUCUGUUUGAAGCUUUUUUAUUAUUUAUCUGGUGAUCUCGUUUACCUCUUGUUUAGUGGGUUUUUAAGUCUUUUCCAUCUUAGUUCCAUCACUGUGGUUCAUAGUUACUUAUUUAGAAAAUGGGAGGGGAGUUUUUUAGGGGGAGGGUGGGGUGGUAUUUUCUGGGAUUCAUCACUUCAGCCCUGUUGUAGCAUGUUAUAAAAAGGUGACAAUAAAGCAGCUAAGCGAUUGAAGCAACUUGGAUUUUUACAAAUAUAUUAUUUAGUUUCACAUUGAUAAAGGAAACCAACCGUCCAACCCAGACCACCACCAGUACCACCAUUUCCACUGAAAUAAUGUAGGUUCCCCUUCCAAAAAAUGUUGUUUCCCACACUUCGGUAAUUUUUAACAACACUUUGUAUGUUGUGGCUUUAAAAAAAAGUUUAUAUCCAGGGUCUUUCUAUUGAAAGCAUAAUCAGAGCAAUAAAUUGAUUGUCUAUUCAGAUAAAGAACUGGGGAUCUUCACUUCCCUCUCCCCUUUUCCAUUUUGAGUUGCCUUUUGGUUUGAAAGAACUUCCAUACAUUGGGGACCACCUGGUAUCCUCGUUUUCCACCGGCCAUAUUGGAAGCAGUUACAGUUGUAUUGUAUUGAGUUGUGCUGGCAGUAGUUUCCAUGCCUGUCAAUGUAUCAUAGUCCUUUGUUGCCCAGAUAAAUAAAUAUUUGAUACGCUUUAUGUCGAUUUUUUUUUAUUCAGUGGCUGUCUUUACCCAGGCGUAUUUUUGUUCUUGGCAGUAUUUUUUAUUCAGUAUGGUUACAGUAAUUGAGUUUAACUCUCCCUUGACAAUUGCUCUUUGCAAUAAGCAGCUGAACCCAUUGUUUCCCUCAAGUAUAAUAAAAACUUACUUUCAAGUUGGAGUUCAGAGCAGGGUAUCAUUUAGAUAUUCCACUGAGUCUGUAUUCAGACAAAUUAUACAAUAAAACACAAUGUACUCUUUUGGAUUAAAAAAAAUAUUGUACUGUUAAA